GAUUAAUUUUCAACAUGCUGAGAAUUAGAAACAACCCGAACCUCAACAUCUGUCCGGACUAUGUGUCUGAGGUCUUCGCCAACAUUCGUGCACAAUUGGUCAAUGAGAACACAACCGAAGUUCAAGCCAUGCAGUUGCUUAGGAACAUUUGGGAGGCCAACAACAAUGCAAUCAAAGUGUUAUGGCAACGACAAGUAGAUGAGGAUGAGGAACAAGAAGAACAACGUCAAAGGCUAGACAAAGAGGAACAAGAAAGACUCAAUCAAGAGAGGAUCAACGAGGAAGAAGUAGCAUGCAAAGAAGAAAGGAAGAAAAAUAAACACAAGUUUAUUCCAAUUCUUGAGGCUGGCAUCCCCAAUGAUCCUGCCAACACGCCGUGCUCUUACGCUCUUAAGAAGUUAGACAAAGGUGACUAUGUGGAGUUAUGGUAUUUUACCAAUGACGGUCUGGAUGAAGCUAAUCUCAAGAAAACCAUCGAUGAUGAUGCUAUGAUACUGUCAACUCUAGCAGACAGGUCAACAGUGUGGGUAUCAUCAGCAUCGACCAGAAGCGCAUGUGCAGUAGUCAAUGACGAAGACUUGCCCUUUGAGGAGUUUUGUCAAGUCUGUCCUCGCUUUCUGAAAACAAUAGAAGAAGCGGACUGGCCAGAGGACAGAGUCCGAAUGAUGGCGCAUUUUUGGAUGAAUAUACAAGUCCACAAAUUUUGUGCAUUAAGAGAUCCCUUAGCCCAAAAAACUCUCCUUGUCUAUCAAGCAGAGCAGCGCAGAUCCUGGCAUGCAGCUGCAAAGUUCAUCAGCAAACUGCCAAUUUCGUGA